UGCANCUCAUUUUAGAAAUCCGUGCCCUAGAUCCGCCCAUUCCAAAUCAUAACGCUCUCGCCUUUCACCAUGCACCCACAUUCUUUCUUUUCAGUGAUGGCAUGGAAGAAGAAGAAGAAGAAUUAUAGUUCCUGAUAAAUUGCAGAAAAGGAAGUCAAGUCUGAUUCUGGUGAGACGGGUUAUUGAGUUGCCCUCUGGAGUACAAUGGGUUGUGUUUGUGGUAAGCCCCACGCUAUUGAUGAUAGUAAGGAGAGCCCAGGGGAGAGGCUGCCGAGUAAAGCCAUAGCCAAUUCGCAGACCCUACGCUCUGCAUCUGCCAGGAGGGACGAGAGUUAUCAGGUGAAAAAUCGGUUAGAUAGUGGAGGAAGGGUGAUUCUGAUUGAUAAGCAGGUCAAUGGCUCAGUCAGAUUACAGGGAGAGAAUUUCGAGAGGAAGAGAGAGAAAACCGAACAUAUUUCUGUCCUGCAACACCCAAGGGCUGGUGUGGUCCCCAAGGCAAACAAAGGAGAACAGGUUGCCGCUGGAUGGCCACCUUGGUUAGCUGCAGUGGCUGGCGAAGCUAUUAGAGGAUGGCUGCCGAGGAGGGCAGACUCUUUUGAGAAGUUGGAUAAGAUUGGUCAGGGUACUUACAGUAAUGUUUAUCGUGCCCGUGAUCUCGAUGAAGGGAAGAUUGUUGCUUUGAAGAAAGUAAGGUUUGAUAAUCUGGAGCCUGAAAGCGUUCGUUUUAUGGCGAGGGAAAUUCAUAUUUUGCGUAGGCUCAACCAUCCAAAUGUGAUCAAAUUGGAAGGUCUGGUGACAUCACGGAUGUCAUGCAGCUUAUACCUAGUUUUCGAGUACAUGGAGCAUGACUUGGCUGGACUUGCAUCCCACCCUGGGCUCAAGUUUACUGAACCUCAGGUUAAGUGUUACAUGAAACAACUUUUACAAGGUCUUGAUCAUUGUCAUAGCUGUGGUGUCCUUCAUCGUGACAUAAAAGGCUCCAACCUUCUAAUUGACAAUAAUGGCAUCCUAAAGAUUGCAGAUUUUGGUCUGGCUAGUUUGUAUGAUCCUCAUCAGACUCAACCACUAACCAGCCGUGUUGUUACUCUUUGGUACCGCCCACCUGAGCUUCUACUCGGUGCUACAUAUUACAGUACUGCUGUGGAUUUAUGGAGUGCUGGUUGCAUACUUGCUGAAUUAUACGCUGGCAAGCCAAUUAUGCCUGGAAGAACAGAGGUUGAACAGUUGCAUAAGAUUUUCAAACUUUGUGGAUCACCAUCUGAAGAGUACUGGAAAAAGUCAAAAUUACCUCAUGCAACAAUUUUCAAGCCUCAACAGCCUUAUCCAAGGUGUGUUGCUGAGACAUUUAAAGAUUUCCCCUCACCAGUAUUAGCACUCAUAGACAUCUUGCUAUCCGUAGACCCGGCAAAUCGUGGGUCAGCAGCCUCUGCUUUGAAGAGUGAGUUUUUUAUGGCAAGGCCGCAUCCUUGUGAUCCGUCAAGUUUACCGAGAUAUCCUCCCAGUAAAGAGUUCGACGCAAAAGUACGAGAAGAAGCCAGGAGGAGACAGGUGGCGGCUGGAAGCAAAGGUCAAAGGUAUGAGCUCGAAAAGAUGGGAUCGACGGGAUCUCGAGCAGUUCCGGCACCUGAUGCCAAUGCUGAAUUGAUCUCAUCAAUGCAGAAAAGAAACGGCCAGUCGAACCCAAAGAGCAGGAGUGAGAUGUUCACCACUCAUCCUGAAGAAGUGGCUUCCGGUUUUCCAAUCGAACCACAAGAAGACUCUCGUGGGAUUAUCCACAAACGGGCCUCGCAUUCUGGGCCAUUGGUUAAUCGAGCUGCCUGGACAAAGGCCGGAAAGAACAUAGAAAAUGCUCCAAAGAAUUUUGCCGUGGCCGAUUUGCCAACCAUGUCUGGUUUAGUAGCUGCCAGGCGAAACAUGCUGUUGGAAGAGAGUAGUGAGAAAUCUUAUUCGCGGCAGGAAGUACCAAAGCUUAUUUCAAGAUUUCCAGGGUCUCUCAAGGAGGCAUCGAAUUCGACUAUGAGGCAAAACCAGAAGAUUAAUGGGCAGCAUGGAGAAGAUAAUGCAAGCAAUAACUCUGUUCAUGUGGGUGAUGGGUCAAAGGGCAAGAAAAUCCAUUACUCUGGACCAUUGUUAGUUCCAUCAGUUAAAGUGGAGCAGAUGUUGAAAGAUCACGAGCGGCAGAUACAGGAGGCUGUUAGACAUGCUCGGCUAGAAAAGGAGAGGAUGCGAAAAGAAUUACCGAUGAACUCGCUUGGCCGAUGACUAGGUUUCAAUCUGAUAAGAGAAUAAUUAAAUGUAUAGAGAGGGCUGCAGAAGAGACCAGGUAGGAAUUCCUCUGCUUUUCACUUGAAAUUGUGAUGUUCUGAAAUCCAGGGGAAUUAUUGGGAUCAUAACAUUAAUUUGGAUUUGUAUAUAAUUCUUUGUGUGCAAAAGGUUUGUUUAGUGAAGUUGAAUCCUGGGGGUUAUGAUGAAGCUUAGAUCUAUUAAUCAAUAAAGAGGCUUUCAGUUGGAGGAAUGGAUUUGGAGUGAAUGAUUUCAAAAUAAUUUUGAAAACGAUGUGAGCUCAUCUCUCCAGACUUUUUCCAACUUUCUCUUUAUUCUUUGGCCUUAGCAUGUGCCAAAGUGCUGUCAUUUCUACACACCAAGCCCCCAAUUUGACUUCUAUUAAACUAUGUCCUAUUAUCUCUAACUUUUUCAAAAGG